AUGCCCUCUUUGACUCUGCCUAGACAAACAGACACCAGAGUACCUGAAAAGGGGCUGAAAAGACUUUCCUUCACACUUACGCAUAUGUCACUACCGAACACAACGCGGGUUUUGGCAGCAAUUCCCUGUCCCGCGAAUACUGUCGCCCUCUACGCAGGCUUGUCCGGGAACACAUUUGCCUUGGACUUACGAAACAAUGCAACACAUGAAGGGAAAAUAAAGAGGAGGCGGGCGGGAAAACGGACAACGAUAAGAGAGGGCGUACCUAGUCAAUUGGUGCUUCCGAGAAGUUACCGUCCUCCGAACGCUAAGAUAUGUUUAGGAACUACUGGAAGUAGAAAAACAAAAGAAAAGAGAGAAGGAAAGCAAAGAAAGGGCAAACAGACACAAAAAAAAAGAAAGAAAAAAAGACUCUGUCCUUCCUGCGGCUCUUUAACAGGCUUUUCUCCACACUGCAAUCCACAUGCACAGAAAACAAGGCAGGAGAACCGUGAGUGA